ACGCCUGGUUCAUUUCCGGCGGCGCUGGUCUGCGAGUCUGCAGCCGGAUACUGCGAGGAUCACUCUGGUAAAAAUCACUGCUUGUCGUGUCAGCAGCAUGGAGGGAGAGCCCCUGACUGCACUGUGCACUCCUGCCCUGGUGGUGGAUGUGGACAUUGUGAAGAGAAAUGCCCAGAAGAUGAUGGAGCGCUGUCGCAACCUGGGAGUGCAGCUUCGACCGCACAUGAAGACCCACAAAACCCUUGAGUGUGCUGACAUAAUGACAGGUGGAUCACGGAGAUGUAUAGUGGUUUCCACGCUGGCCGAGGCCUGUUUCUAUGCCGACCAUGGAUUUGAUGACAUCCUCUACGCUUACUCUCUGCCCUUUGAUAAGGUGGAGCGCUGUGCUGCCCUGUCCGAGCGUCUCAGUCUCUUCCAGGUGCUGCUGGAUCAUCCCGACGCUCUGGAGCAGCUCAGGAAGAGGCCGCUGAGAGACGGACGGCUGUGGCACGUGUGGCUGAAACUGGACUGCAACAACGGCAGAGCGGGCGUCCUGCACACAGAACCGGAGGCGCUUCAGCUGGCUCGGGCCAUCUCUGAGACGGAGGGGGUGGAGCUGACGGGAGUGUACGCCCACUGCGGGAACACCUACAACUGCAGAGAGGUGGAGCAAAUACAGGCCGUUGCCCAGGAAACCACCACCUUUACCCUGCAGUUCAUGGAGAAACUGAAGGCCGUCGGCAUCAGCUGUAAGUCCAGUAUAGGCUCCACGCCUUCCUGCAGCCAUCCAGUCAAAGACAUGGCACUGCUCAGCGAGGUGCAUCCUGGGAACUACACCUUCUAUGACGUGCAGCAGUCUGUGAUCGGCUCCUGCAGCCUGCAGGACGUGGCCGUGCGGGUUUUGACCAGAGUCAUUGGACACUGUCCGCACAGGAACCAGCUGCUGAUCGACUGUGGCUGGACUGGACUCAGUCUGGACGGAGCUGGAAAACUGCCCACCGGAUACGCCGUGAUUGAAGGACACCCAAACCUCAAGUUGCUGUCCAUGACGCAGGAGCACGGCAGAGUGGAGCCCAUCUCAGGCUCGCUGGACUACAGCAGAUACCCGCUGGGCUGCCUGCUCACUCUGAUCCCCUACCAUGCGUGUGCGACAGCCAUGAUGCACCCGGUCUACCACAUCCACAGUGAGGGCCGCCUGGUGGGGCGCUGGACGCCGACACGUGGCUGGUGACGUCCAGCAGCCAAACGUGUGGGACGUCUCAGUGCGAUUUGUCAUAACGGCUGAUGACACCGAGAAUACGAUAUAAAAUCUUUGCACUCAUGCAAGAAAAUUGUGCUUUUUCAGAUUUUUACGUUCUAUCGAGAGGUUGGAGAAGUGGGUUAGUGACGGCAGGUUUCUGGUUCAAAUCCCUGGACUGGCUGGAAAAAUGAAGGAGAAGAAAAGUGAAUGAAUAAAAGCUCUCAUUUCCCUCAACAGCUACUGCCGAGGUGCCCUUGAGCACGACAGUGGACAGUGGACAGCGACAGUGGUUGCACUGGACAACAUCCUGUGUGUGUGUGUGUGUGUGUGUGUGUGUAAAUGUGUGAAGUUCACUGCUCCAAAAGUUGACAUUCCCUCUAAAAUAAAUAGCAAUAAUUAAGCAAUUAUGUAACCCUCAUAUCAUGAUAAUAAACUUAAAAAAAUGUGUGUUGGCAUUUUAAUUUGUAUGAUUGAAUUGUGCAUGCUGUCUCGCACUUCUGU